AUGCGGUGCUCUAUCAUCGUCUCGGUAGCAUUGGUUGCUGCCGCUGCCGCUCCCGCCAUCGCUUUUCCCAUUGAUAUUUCUCCACGCGCAACCGGCGAGGAGGGACUCUGGGUGCGCGGUUUGGAACGACGAGUAAAGCCGCAUCCCGGACCAUCUGUCAAGCCCGUCGGCGAGAAGCCCCCUGGCCCUCCCCCGUCUAAGCCUAUCCGUUCCCGCAGCGACGACGGGCUCCUCUUCGAGCGAUCUAUCCAGGUGAGGCCAAAGCCUCGUCGUACUCGCGACGUCGAGGAGUUCAUCGAAGAACGUUCAUUCGAGGAUGAGGAACUCUUUUGA